AAUCCUCCGCUUCGCCGUUUUCUCGGUGUUCUCCUCCUCGCCUCGCCGUAGGAUUUGAUCUACUUCGAAGAUCAUCGAUGGCCCACCCGCUGAAGAACAAUCCAGUGCCCACCGGAGAUCACCAGCAGGGUGACUGAGAUAAUGUGGUCCAAAGCUGGUAGGAAACAGAGAUAGCUUUUACUCCGAGGAACUCCCCGUUGACAUGGAAGUGCCUGGGCACGGACAGCCAGCAGGGACUGGGGUCGUCCAAUUACCAUAUGUUAGCUUGCCGUAUCAAGCUAACCAAAUGAUGGUCACCAGCUUACCACCUUCAGCUGGCCAGAUGACAAAUCCUGCAUCCCAGGUACAACUCACUCAGCACCAUCUCGCCUAUCAGAGAGCCCAGCAACAACAGAUGAAUCAACUGCACCAAACACUCCAGAUGUUUCGGACAAACCAAUAUCAGGAGAUAGCUGCAACCUGUGACUUCAAAAACCACAGUCUUCCACUGGCACGAAUCAAAAAGAUCAUGAAGGCAGAUGAGGAUGUUAGGAUGAUAGCGGCAGAGGUACCAGUCCUGUUUGCACGGGCAUGCGAAAUGUUCAUUCUUGAACUGACAUACCGUUCAUGGGCUCAUGCCGAGGAAAACAAGCGAAGAACCUUGCAGAAGAAUGACAUAGCUGGUGCAAUCACGAGGACGGAUGUCUUUGAUUUCCUGGUGGAUAUUGUACCAAUGGAAGAUGUGAAGGAAGAUGUGCUUGCAUCGAUUUCGACGGAUGGCACCAAUGAAUCUCUGCCAUACUAUUACGUUCCCUCUCAAGCUGGAUCUCUCAAAAUGAUCAUGAAUAACUCAGAAGUGGACCAAAGUUUGUUGUUCAUGCAGCAGUCUCAGCCUUACAUACCUCAGCAAAUAUGGGACCAACAGCAGCAGCAGCAGCAGCAGACAAUUCAUCAACAAAAGCAGCUGCAGCAACAGACAGAAAAGGACUCUAAUUAAGCAAGAAAGUUGCAGCAGCCAAUAUUUAAGAUGCUCACCAUCAUAAAUGAGGCUGGGAACUCAACCCUUUUCUUUCCUUUAAGAGAUCGUUUGUGAUUGUCGCUUGGUUUACGAGGUCUACGGAAACUUUCAAGAGCUGAAAACAUGUAAUUUUGCUCUUUAUAUUAUAAAGCAUUUACAAGUUGAGAGCUGUGUGCCUCUUGAACGGAAAAUAAAAAUAUAUUUGUUGAAAAUUGAAUGCAGGCAGAUCAGCCUAACAGAGUUUUUCUUUUGC